AUGUUUUCUGCUCUUAUUGCUCUUCUUCUUGGAGUCCUUGUUGUCGGCCAGUCGGACGCAUUUGAAAUCGUGCCUACUCGAGUGGCUCACAUAAAUGCUGAUCAUGGCGUUUGGCGGCCAUCAGGUGCUGUGGUGUUAAAAGAGGGUGUUGCUUGUGCCCGUGUACAUCAGGAAUCCUGUCCAGAAUGUUUACAUGAAUUAGCAGCAGUUUGCACAUUUGAUGGAGCCAAUAGUUUUUCACUUCAGCAAACACAGUAUCCAUUUUGUGGAAAUCAAGGGGUUGUCGUCAAUAACACUCUUCUUUGUCCUUCAAGCUUGAAACAAGUUAAUUCGAGUGUGAUCAAUGUUACCGUUAUUGCUUACGAAUGGUUGGAUUCUCUGGUGGAGGCUCCGAAGGAGGACGCGAUCUUGUCUUUUCACUAUUGGCCUGGAGAGGAAAUUACGGAUAUUAAGUUCAAGGGCAACACUUUGUAUUUUCCCGAGGAUCAACUCCACCUUAUGAAUGCGCUUGUGGUACGCGGAAAUUAUACUCUUGACCAUGUGCUCUUCAGCUCACCUGAUGGUCAUGUUUGGAAGGCUCACAGCAGUAUCCCUCUUGACGUUGCUGAUAAAACUGCUCUUUCUCGAACUGGACAACAGCAAAUUGCCGUGUCAGCCUAUACCAAAGGUGAGCACCGAAUUGUUUAUUCCUUCUACAAGGGAACACGAUGGAGUGCUAUAAGGUACUUGAAUACAUCCUUUCCGCCGACAGCCGUAGCUGCUGGAAACGGUAUUAUGAUUCAGGCUGGGCUAUCUAACCACUCUGCCUCACUUGAGUUGGGUGGGUUUGAUGAGGGCAAUUCAAAGCGAAAGGUCUUUAAGCUCAUUGAUUUUUAUGUAAAUAAGACAGAACACAAUCAACUUCCUCAGGCCUUCACAACAGAAUGCACAGAGGAGGCAUCUUGUUUGACAUCAUCUCAUGUUGCUCUCAUGAGUUUGCAACCAGGCUAUAUAACUGCAUUAUUUGAUUUUGUUUCUGGUGAAUCGCGGCGAAAAACUAUAGCUGCCGUCUCCAUGGAGGUCGAUGAUUCGGAAGAGAAGGAGGCGAUUAUUCAAGCCAAGAAGAAAGCCGAGGAGAAUGCCAAACUAAUGGAGGAAUUGAAAAUAAAAAUCCAACGCGAAAAUAGCGAACGAAGGAGAAGGGAACUUGAGGAAAAACGAAGGAGGGAAAAGGAAAGAAGGGAUCGAUUCAUUAAAGCCGAUAUGGUAAAUAUUGAAAUUGCAACAUCAAGAAUACCGGAAGACGGUGAGAUGAUCGUUGUCCGAGAAGUCUCGGAGGAAAUGAUUGACGUGGAAAAGAGCAUCUUCUUCUGGUAA